GUCAUUUCAUUGGCACUUGAGUCGGCAAAGGUAUUUGGCAAACCAGACUGAGAGCAACCACACCGCGCCCAGCGGCUCUCUGUUCCCGACAGAAAGCGACAUGGCCAAAGUCCCCGACCUGUUUGAAGACCUGAAGAACUGUUACAGUGAAAAUGAAGAAUUCAGCUCUGAAGUGGAGCAUCUCUCUCAGACUCAGAAAUCCUUCUAUGAUGCAAGCUAUGGGCCACUUCAUGAGAACCACUUUGACAAAUAUAUGUCUUUGAGUACCUCAGAAAACUUGAAGACUUCUAAGCUUACUCUCAAGAAGAGUAUGGUGAUGGUGGAGACUCACGGGAAGAUUCUGAAGAAGAGGAGGCUGAGUUUUAAUCAGUUUCUCACUGAUGAGGACCUGGAAGUCAUUGCCAAUGCCAGUGGAAGUAGUCAUUACCUACCAGAGGAAGAAAUCCAGCCCAGGUCUGUCUCUUACGAAUUGAGGAGCAAUGUGAAAUACAAAUUUAUAACAACCAAAGGCCAGUGUACCCUAAAGGAUAGCCUCAAUCAAAGUAUCAUUCAAGAAGACAAAUACCUCCGUGCUACUGCUUUACAGGAUCUAAAUGCUGAAGUGAAAUUUGACAUGGGUACUUAUUUAGCAGACGAUGAUUCUGAAAUACCUGUGACACUAAGAAUCUCAAAAACUCAGUUAUUUGUAAGUGCCCAAAAUGAAGAUGAACCUGUGUUGUUAAAGGAGUUUCUUGAGACACCCAAAACGAUCAGAGAUGAAACCAACAUCCUCUUCAUUAGGGAAAAUAGUGGUAGUGUAAGUUACUUCAAAUCAGUUGCCUAUCCAGACUUGUAUAUUGCCACAAAACAAGAUCACUUCGUGCACAUGGCAAAAGGACCUCCUUCUAUCACUGACUUUUUUGUAUGGGAAAGCUAGUCUUAACACUGAAGUCUACUUAGUUUGAAGUGUUGACAGUCUGUAUGUACCAUGUACAUGAAGCAGUCAAUUUUUUUAUUCUUGGUAAUUUGCUGAGCUCUAGUAAUUCUAAAUGAAUGUUUACUCUCUUUGUAAGAGAGGGAGCAUGGUCUAGUACAAUCAAAGAUAACAUAUAAUAUUGUUUGUUAUUUAAAGAACACUUUAAAUUUUGCAAAGUACCUAUUAUUUAAAUUAUUAGUCUUCAUUAAUGAUAUUGGGAGAGGGCCAGAGUGAUAGUACAGCAGAGAGAGUGUUUGCCUUUUAUGCACCCAACCUGGGUUCAAUCCAAGCAUCCCAUGUGGUCCCCUCAGCACCACCAGGAGUAAUUUCUGAGUGCAGAGUCAGGAGUAACCCCUGAGUAUGGCCAGACAUGACCCCAAAAAGCCAACAAUAAUAAUAAUAAUGAUAAUUUUGGGAUAACAAAGACUACCAUGUAUGUCUACCAAAAAGACACUACCCAUAUUAAAAGUGAAUUUACUAUGAUAUAAGAAAACUAAGAAAUACUCACAAUGGCAAUUAGAAUGAGCCAUAGGCCCAAGAAUUCAUUCCAAUUGCUUAACUUCUGUUUUUGUUUUGUUUUGAUUUUCCUUUUUUGGGUCACACCCAGCGAUGCACAGGGGUUACUCCUGACUCUGCACUCAGGAAUUCCUCCUGGCGGUACUUAAGGGUACCAUAUGGGAUGCUGGGAAUCAAAUCCGGGUUGGCCACAUGCAAGGCAAAUGCCCUACCCACUGUACUAUCGCUCCAACCCCUUCUGUUUUUAAGUUACUGAUGUACCCUUAGUCUAGUGCUUUAGGUUUCUGAACCUCCAUCCUAUUGUAUUCAAUAGGGAGAAAAUGAUACCUUUAUCCUUCCUGACUCACAAUAUUUUAUUUCAAUCAAUGAAGCACUUUCGGUAAGAUGCUUCUUGCAGUUGAGCCUCCAGAAGCAAAGAAUAAAAUGUUGUUCUAAGUUAUUAUUUAUAUAUGUAUUUAUGACUAUGUUUUAAAGAUAAUUAUAACAUUAUAUAUUUAUGUACUUUCUUGCCAUUACUGAGUGUGACAGGACAUCCUCAACAAUAGUAGACAAUAUUUCCAGGCUGGGAGAGUUUGUUUAGUUACACCAAAGCACUUUGGUGCAAGUUAUGUUUUAUCAUUACCAUGAAGCUCUGUAUUCAAGUACCUGAAAGCCCUGUUAAACUAAUAAUAAAUACUGACCAUCUUGUUUGAGAUAAUCAUUGGCUAUUCUUUCACUCCUCUGCCUUUAAACUUCCUGUAGCUCUCUUCAGUCAUUUGAUUUCACCUACUGUCAGCUCCUACUAGUUAACAUGAGAUAAACUUUACUUUGGCAACCAUGAAACAACUGUGAAUUUUCUUUUCUGGGACUGGAGCUGAUAGGAGACUUGUCUUGGAUGCGGUGAUCAUAAUUAGUUGUCUUAGAAGGUAAUUCUGGUACAUAAUUGUUGAUGAUCAUUUUACUGCAUAAUAACUAAGGGCAAAUGUUGAAAGUUCACAUAAAUAUCUACAUUUGUUGUUCCUGUAAAAUAAAAAAUGAUUGGUUCUACAGUCAGAUCAAGAUUUUAUGAUUUAGUCGGGAUGGGAGAUGCAUGCUGAAAGUAGAUAGUGGGCCAAACAUGAUGACUCUUAGUGUCUGUGCUGCAAGCCAUAAUGCCCAAAAGUAGAGCGAGAG